UCUGAUAUUUUAGCUUAUGCACUCGUGAAUUAUUUUAAAUUGUACUUUAAAGUGCUUUGUGCCAUGAUAUUGUACCACACACGAAGUCCCGUGUUGUGCUUUGUAACACGUGUAUUACUGUUUAGUUUAUUUUUUGGGCCUAAAUUGAUCAGUCCAGGGAAGUUAUUUAAUGCCAAGUUCCCAUGAAGGACUGUAAAUUUGAUUGAUUGAAUUGUGAUUUAAUGAUUUAAUGAACCAUUUAAUGAUAGGGUUAACCUUUGGGCCUAAAUUGAUCAGUCCAGGGAAGUUAUUUAAUGUCAAGUUCCCCCAAAGGCCUGUCAUUUUUAUUGAUUGAAUUGUCUUUAAUGAUUUUAGCUGAUUAAAGUGUGUGGGUUUUUUUUUUCAUCCUUUAAAGAUGCCGAAAAGUUUAAGAGAGGGUAAGUUGACAUGUUGGCCGUGGCAAAAUGUUACAAAUGGUUUGUUACACAUCAGUUUUGUGUCAUAAGCUGUGUGUGUGUGUGUGUGUGUGUUUAUGUCCCUGUAAAUCAUUUCUUUCAAGUGGACUUAAAUAAAUAGUUAAAAUGUGUGUGUGUGUGUGUGUGUGUUUUGACUUUUUUGGCACAUUUUUUCUCACAGAUGUUCGAUGUCCCAUGUGCCCAGCUCGGAUGGCAUAUAUUAGCGAGCACCUGAGGGGCGUCCACGCCAUGCUCAACUUCGAGCAGAGGGGCAUAAUAGUUAAAUAUGCCCGCCGCAGAGUAAAGCUGAUGGAUUUGGCUUGUUUGCUCUGCGGCAAGGUCGUCAGGUACCCGGAGAAACAUCUCCUCAAGGGUCACCGGGACCUGACGACCAGCUCGAGGUUGAGGGUGGUGAGGGCGUUGGAGAAGUCGGUGACCGUGGGGAAGCUUCAGGCGCUGCGGCUGAGCAACCCAGCCGUCCCCAUGGUCCCCGACUUCUCCCAGGCCGAUGGCUCCCCGGCCGAGGCCCGGUCCCUGGAGCCGGCGCUGCCUCAGGUGCCGCCACCCGAGUCUGGGCACAACGAUGAUAUGCAGGAGCUACUCGAUGAGCUCUUUUCUUACGUGUAUCCUGUGCCAGCGCUGUGGACCCCCGACGACCUGGAGGCCGCCUUCACAGGUAUGAAUCCCCCAUGUCAUCACGGUUCUGAUAGCGCUGCACAUAAUACACGAGUGGUCCACUAAGUCGACGCUU